GCCCCGCCCCGCCCCGCCCCGCUCAGCCCUGCUCAGCCCCGUGCCGCGCCGCGGCUGCUCGCGCUCCCGCACGGAUGGCGACGCCGAGCUCCGGCUUCUGGUCCUUCGGGGCCGAGGAGGGCUCCGGGGACCCCGAGAACCCGAGCACAGCCAGAGCCUGGUGCCAGGCGGCCCAGAAGUUCACAGGAGGAAUCGGAACCAAACUCUGUGCUUUGCUCUAUGGGGAUGCGGAAAAGCCCAUGGAAACCGGUGCAAAGGAGGACCCGGGCUCGGAGGAGAAGCGGCCGGCCUGCACCUGCAACACCAAGCCCUGCAGCUGCCCCAAAGCGGAUGUUAAUUAUGCAUUUUUACACUCAACAGAUCUCCUGCCCGCCUGCCACGGGGAGGUGGCGACGAUGUCUUUCCUACAAGACGUCGUGGACAUUUUGCUUCAGUACGUGGCGAAAAGUUUUGACCGAUCAACCAAAGUGAUUGAUUUCCAUUACCCAAACGAGCUGCUCCAGGAAUACAACUGGGAGCUGGCGGAUCAACCGCAGACCUUGGAAGAAAUUUUGUUGAACUGCAGAACGACGCUGAAAUAUGCCAUUAAAACAGGGCAUCCUAGAUAUUUCAAUCAACUGUCAACUGGAUUGGACAUGGUUGGAUUAGCUGCAGACUGGCUAACGUCAGCUGCAAAUACUAACAUGUUCACCUAUGAAAUUGCUCCAGUGUUUGUACUUUUGGAAUAUGUCACGCUCAGGAAAAUGAGAGAAAUGAUUGGCUGGCCAGGGGGCUGUGGCGAUGGGAUAUUUUCACCUGGUGGUGCCAUAUCUAACAUGUAUGCUAUGUUGAUUGCACGUUUCAAGAUGUUCCCAGAAGUUAAAGAGAAAGGAAUGGCAGCUAUUCCCAGACUGGUUGCCUUCACAUCAGAACAUAGUCACUUUUCUGUGAAAAAAGGAGCCGCAGCUUUGGGAAUUGGUACAGAUAGUGUCGUUUUGAUUAGAUGUGAUGAAAGGGGGAAAAUGAUCCCAUCAGACCUUGAAAGAAGAAUUCUUGAAGCUAAACAAAAAGGAUUUGUUCCUUUCUUAGUGAGUGCCACAGCAGGAACAACAGUGUACGGUGCAUUUGAUCCACUCAUUGCUAUUGCAGAUAUCUGCAAGAAAUACAAAAUCUGGAUGCACGUGGAUGCAGCAUGGGGUGGUGGACUACUGAUGUCCAGGAAACAUAAAUGGAAAUUAAACGGUGUUGAAAGGGCCAAUUCUGUGACAUGGAAUCCACACAAGAUGAUGGGCGUCCCGUUGCAGUGUUCCGCCCUGUUAGUUAGAGAAGAGGGAUUGAUGCAGAGCUGCAAUCAAAUGCAUGCUUCCUACCUCUUUCAACAAGAUAAACACUAUGAUUUGUCCUAUGACACUGGAGACAAGGCUUUACAGUGUGGACGUCAUGUUGAUGUCUUCAAGCUAUGGCUGAUGUGGAGAGCAAAGGGAACUAUAGGAUUUGAAGCACAGGUUGACAAGUGCUUGGAACUUGCAGAAUAUCUAUAUAAUAAAAUAAAGAACAGAGAAGGUUAUGAAAUGGUGUUUGAUGGAAAGCCCCAGCACACAAACGUCUGCUUCUGGUACAUACCUCCCACUCUACGAGACAUGGAAGACAAUGAAGAAAGAAUGAAUCGUCUUAUGAAGGUAGCUCCAGUGAUAAAAGCCAGAAUGAUGGAAUAUGGAACUACAAUGGUGAGCUAUCAGCCACUGGGAGACAAAGUGAACUUCUUUCGGAUGGUCAUCUCAAACCCAGCAGCAAGUCAUCAAGACAUUGAUUUCCUGAUUGAGGAAAUAGAACGUCUGGGACAAGAUUUAUAAUAUUCUGAUUUGAAAGGCUGUUCCAGAAUAUUUAGGUAGACAAUUAAGUUGUCACAAACUGUGCGAAUGUAUUUGUAGUUUGUUCCAAAGUAAAUCUAUUUCUAUAUUGUGGCGUCCGAGUAAAGUACAGUUUAAAAUCAAGCAACAUGGCUCCUUUCAAAAUCCUAUCUUGAGUUUUAGAAUACCUCUUCAAUAAUUAGCUACAAAAAGGCUGCAUUCAAACAGAUAAAGAAUAACAGAAGAGACUUGAAAUAUUUUCCCCAAAUUUUAAUACAAUUAGUAAAUAACUAUUUUAGGUUAAAAGUAGAUUGAAUGAUGCCAAAUUUGCCCCUUAAUAGCAACAAAAUCAAAUUUGGGGGGCAGUUAGAAGCAUAAAGUCCGCAAACUGUGUGUUUAAAAGUGAAAAGUUUGCCUUUUUCAUAGUAUUAGAACAGAAUUUCUAAUUUACCUAUAGCAACAUUUCAAAUGUAUUUAAAUAGGUAUAAUUUUACAAAAGGAAUAUAUAUAUAUAUUAAAAAGCCUAUUUUGUAAACUAUAGAUUUUUAUUUUAUAUGGGUUAUAAAAACUUCAGGGGCAGAAACUGAAAACUAAAUAAGAUUUUUUUUCUUUUUGAUCAAAGUACAUCAAAUAGUUAGCAAUGCUUAUUUUGAAACAUAAGCCCACAUAAAUUCUUAAAAGAUACUGAUGCCUCAUUCUACAUUCUACAUGGAUAGUACAUCUCCCAGGUUUAUUACUGAAAACCUCAAGAGUACUCCAGCUCUUAAAAACACUUAAUCAGAUCAAUUACAGUACAAUAAUAACAUGCUAUUAUUCUUAAUUAUGUUUCCUAUAUGACCUAACUAAACAGAGGCACACUCAAUUUGCAGUGCUAACCAAAACUGAAUUAAGUUUAUUUUUGGAUGGUUUCUUUCUUCUAUUUAAAAAACAAUCUACUGCAAAAGGGCCACAUUGGAUGUGUCUACAUGAGAUGCCCACUGCACAGUUGUUACUGCGCGGUCAUUUAGUACUUGCAUAACCAAGUACUAAAUGACUGCAGAGUAACCAGCACUACUGCACAGUAGCGUCCCAGCUACCACAGUUGCUUAGUGAUGCUAACUGCACAGUAGCUCAUUACUCCUGCACAGUCCUAUUGUGCAGUAGUGUCACAUCACGGUUCGUGCCUGCUGACGCUACUGCGCAGUAAGUGUCUCAUGUAGACACAGCUACUGUAGACUAAACGCAGGUAUUGGAACCAUCUUUCAUAUUUCAUAAACCAAAAUGUAUUCAAUAGAGACAAAAAUAAAUUUGAAAACUAGAACUGACCGAACUCUAAGAAUCAGAGCCUGUACAGUUUCACAGGGUAAUGUGAACUGGGUAAAGACAACUGGGAUGUAGGAUAAGUAAGAUUUAUAGGAUAUUUCAGGGUAGGGCCCUAAAUCAGAAGCUUGUAUAAACAGGAUAACAAAUGGUAGAACCUAAAUCUCUAACAUAAUAUUUUUUCUAAUCACCCCCAGUAUUUGAAAAGGCAUCUUACUGCAAUUGAUAUCUAAAUGCUUUGAGAUAUUUCUAAAUUCUCCUAACAUAGUUCUUGAAGAACUAACUAUGCCCACUUAAAAAUCACUGGUGCAAAAUCCCACAUAAACAACGCAGGUGUCUUUGAGGGGGAAAUUGAAAUUCAACUUCCUUCCUCUUGACAUUUGAAAAGGUUUAGAUCAGUAUUUCAUGGGACAGAGCUGUCCAUUUAUAACCUUAUUGAAGUUUUGGGUUUAGCUAUGACUGAAAUCUAAAUGACUACUUUUGUUUAUAAUGCAAUAUUAUUUUGCUGUCUUUAAAAUACUUGAAGAAACUAAGUGAAGCGUGGUUUAACUUCAUCUAAAGCAUAUAUAAAUGGGGUAUUGAUUUAGUAUAAUGUCAUAACAACAUGAAAUAAGAGGAGGAAAUAAAUUGUGUCUGUAAUUGUGUUGCCUUUAUUAUAUUGAUAGUACUGUUUUGUCACCUCAGAUUGAGGCUGUGCACUUUAGAUUUAAACUGUACAGUGUUGCAAAUCAACAUGUGUUGCUGUAUAAGCUUGUACAAUAUAUUAUUGAUAUGUCAUUUUGUGUGGUAGUAGUAUUGACUCUUAAUAUUGUAAGAACUGCAUUCACAACAGUCCCUAUACUAUAUCUUUGCUCAGUACUAAUUCCUCAUCAGCUUUAGAGCAGAACAUUUGCUUCAUCCAAGGGAAUGCCCACUGCAGUUUACAAUGCAUAAGAUGUCUAUGAAAGCUUUAGAGGAGAUAAGAGUUCUGCUAAUGAGGGUUAAAGCUACAUGUUCCAAACAGCUCACAAAUUGAUAGGCUGUAGCCGCUACAACACUGAGAAGCAGAGCACAUUAUAUUCUUUUUUUCUUGCUUAGAAAAUAGCAAAGAACCAAGUGUAAAAAUAGUACAGGGACAAUGGUGAAGGUGUUCAGUAGCCUGGUUACAUCUUGCAUGUGCUAUUCUGUUUUUAAAUAAGUACAGAUAGUGUAUUUAUUAGUUCUGUGUGCCAAUCCAAGAUAUACAUCCAGUGUUUCAUGAAAACCAGCAUUUUCCCAUGUUACUAUGUUUAUUGCAGCCAGGAAAGAACGACAUUGCAACUUGUUCUUCUUGUGUUUGACCAAAGUAUUUUAUCCGUGUUGUUGAUAUAAACCCAAAUAAAAGUGUAAAAAGUGACUUGGC